GUUCAGAGAAUGAGAAAAGAGUACUGAAAAUUGAACAGGGUGGAGAUGAGCAUAUGGGAAUGCUGUGAACUUCUGAAUGAGGUUGUGGAUGAGAGUGAUCCGGACUUAGACGAACCUCAAAUCGAGCACUUGUUGCAAACAGCUAAAGCCAUUAGAAAGGACUAUCCCAAUGAAGAUUGGCUGCACUUGACUGGCCUUAUCCAUGAUCUUGGGAAGGUGAUUCUUCUUCCUAGCUUUGGGGAGCUUCCUCAAUGGGCUGUUGUUGGUGACACAUUCCCAGUUGGCUGUGCUUUUGACCAAGCCAAUGUUCAUCACAAGUAUUUCAAGGAAAAUCCUGACUACUAUAAUCCUGCUUACAGCACCAUAUUUGGAGUUUACUCAGAGGGAUGUGGACUCGAAAAUGUAAUGAUGUCGUGGGGGCAUGACGACUACAUGUAUUUGGUGGCCAAGGAGAAUAAUUGCACUCUACCCUCAGCAGCUCUGUUCAUCAUUAGAUACCACUCAUUCUAUGCUUUACACAAGGCAGGAGCAUAUAAGUACUUAAUGAACGAAGAGGAUGUCGAAAAUCUGAACUGGCUUCAUGUAUUCAACAAGUAUGACCUCACCUUUACAGCAAGAGCAAGGAACGGAUUGAUGUUGAGAAGGUGA